AUGCCUUCUCGAUCAGAAAUCGCCUACUUUGGUGCCGGCCCUGCUCCUCUGCCCACUGUGGUUGUUGAGGCCGGCGCUAAAGCCUUCGUCAACUACAAUGACAGCGGGUUGGGUCUAGGAGAAAUCUCCCAUCGAUCCUCCGCUGCCAACCAAAUCCUUGCGGAUACUAAAGCCAAUCUAACCACCCUGCUCGACAUACCAGAGAAUUACGAAAUACUGUUCCUCCAAGGUGGCGGGACUGGCGAGUUCAGCGCAAUUGUUCAAAACUUGGUCAGCGUCUGGGUUGAAAGACGGAGACGCAAGCUUGCGGCUCAGUUUGGUGAUGAUGAGGCCAAGAUUAUCGCCGAGUUGAAGAGGCAGGUUGAUGAAGAACUGAAACUGGACUACAUUGUCACUGGAUCUUGGUCUUCAAAGGCAGCACAGGAAGGAAAGAGAUUGGUCGGGGAGAAAUUUGUUAAUGUUGCUGUCGAUGCCAAAGAAGCGAAUGGAGGGAAAUUUGGAAAGAUACCAGCUGAGGAGGCAUGGAAGCUCACCAAGACGAAGAAGGAGGGAGGAAAAAGUGCGCCUGCAUUCGUUUACUUCUGUGAUAACGAGACAGUGGAUGGGGUCGAGUUCCCUACCUUCCCAAAAGUGCUGGAGAACCCGCCAGAUGUGAGCGAGGAAGACGAGCGCCUUGUAGUGGCUGAUAUGAGCUCUAACUUCCUCAGCCGAAAGAUAGAUGUGAAAAAAUAUGCCGUUAUAUUUGGAGGAGCUCAGAAAAAUAUUGGUGUUACGGGUAUCGCUUUGAUCAUUGUCCGAAAGGACCUUUUACCCCCUCAUACAGCCACGCCUGCGCCAGCUUUGCUCCGUCAGCUUAGCAUAGGUGGGCUACCGGGGCCAAUCGUUUUCGACUAUGCCAUCACCGCCAAAAACAACUCGCUAUACAACACGCUGCCAAUAUUCACCCUCUGGAUUGCCGGUCAAGUUAUUGCCGGCCUUGUCCAAACUCACGGCGAGGCGCGAGUGGCAGGCCAGGAGGAUGUCGUAAAUAAGAAGACGGCUCUCAUAUAUGGUGCACUUGACAAGUAUCCUCAGGUGUAUCAGGUCGUCCCAGACAAGAGCGUUCGCAGCAGAAUGAAUGUUUGCUUCCGAGUCUAUGGAGGUGACGCCGAGAAGGAGAAAGAAUUCAUUGCCGGCGCGGAGAAACGCCUCCUCCAAGGGCUGAAGGGCCACAGAAGCGUUGGCGGUAUGCGAGCUAGCAAUUACAACGCUGUUUCACUUGAAAAUGUGGAAAAGUUGGUUCAGUAUCUGAACGACUUUGCCAGCGCAUAG